AUGUUAAAGAAUGAAAUUUAUCACAGGGACUAUGUUGCCUUCAUGAACUCCAUUCUGUUAGCAGGAUAUGCUUGUGAGGUCCCCAAGAGUGAACUCUGUGGUCAGCCUGGUCAUAUCUGGUACUUGCCUCAUCACGGUGUGUAUCAUCCCCGUAAACCCAACAAGAUCCGUGUAGUGUUUGAUUGCAGCGCCAAGUUCGAUGGUGUGUCUAUAAAUGAUGUACUGCUGCAAGGUCCAGACCUCACCCACUCGUUUAUUGGAGUGCUCACCAGGUUCCGCAAAGAAGACAUUGCUUUCAUGGGAGACAUUGAAGCAAUGUUUCAUCAAGUAAAAGUACCCAAGGAGCAACAAGAUUACCUGCGAUUUCUGUGGUGGCCUGACGGUGAUGUAGACAGUGAUUUGAAGGAAUACAGAAUGACUGUUCACACCUUUGGCACAAUUUCUUCCCCAAGCAUCGCCAACUAUGCUCUGAAAGCAUCUGCACACAAGUCUGAGGGCAAGUAUGAUUCUGAUGUUGCCUAUACAAUAUAUAGAAACUUUUAUGUAGAUGACUGUCUUAAGUCUCUUCAGGAUGAAAAAUCUGCUGUCACACUGAUCUCACAGUUGCGAUCGGCAUGCGCUGAAGGGGGAUUCAAUCUCACAAAGUUUACCAGUAACAGUAAGCAUGUCUUGUCUUCCCUUCCUCCAGAGCAUUGUUCUAAAGACAUUCAAGCCAUAGAUCUUAGCUGUGACGACAUCCCCAUGGAACGGGCUCUCGGUAUGCAAGUGCACAUUCAGUCUGACUCAUUCAAGUUCUCAGUUGACUUGCCAGAAAAGCCUGCUACACGACGAGGGAUUUUGUCUACAAUGUCUUCCCUUUAUGACCCUCUUGGCCUAGUAUCUCCAGUUCUACUUCCAGCCAAGAAAAUACUGCAAGACCUGUGCAAGGACAAGUCUCUUGACUGGGAUGAUCAUGUAGAAAAGAGCUGUUGUGAUAGCUGGAAUAGGUGGCUGUGCGAACUUGAUUUGCUUAAAGAUCUUGAGGUAAGACGCUGUUUGAAACCACCCGCUUUUGGUAAUGUUGUCUCUUGCCAGCUCCAUAUAUUUUCGGAUGCAAGUGUUACAGGUUAUGGGUGUGCAGCCUACAUUCGACUCUGUAAUGAAGAGAACAUUCACACUGCUCUAGUGAUGGGUAAAGCACGACUUGCACCUCUCAAGGUCAUCACUAUUCCACGACUGGAGCUGACAGCAGCAACCACUGCAGUGAAGAUCGGGACAUUUCUUCAGAAGGAGCUAGACAUGGACAUUGAUAGUACAACAUACUACACCGACUCCACAACAGUACUUCACUACAUCACCAACGAACGAAACAGGUACCCUGUGUUUGUGACUAAUAGAGUGAAGCUUAUAAGAGAUUACACUGAUCCUCAGCAGUGGAAAUAUGUGUACUCCCAAAGUAAUCCUGCUGAUAUUGCAUCAAGAGGAACUACAUGUGCCAAGUUUUUGAAAUCUUCCCUUUGGUUUGAUGGUCCACCAUUUCUUAGAUGCUUUGAGAAGGAUUGGCCUCAGCAACCAUGCAUUGCAAGUAAUGAAACUUCAGAAACUGUUGCUAUGACUAUGAUGAAAUCAGUUGUUGCAGGAACAUUGGCAUCAAGUGAAGAGGACACUGUAUGUAAGUUGCUCCAACACUACUCAUCAUGGCACAGGUUGCAACGAGCUGUUGCAAUCUAUAGACGAUUCUUUGCUUUCCUCCAGUACAAGGCACAGACCGUAAAGGUCAGUAACCUAACGUUUGUACCGCUUACUGUCCAAGAGGUGUCUCGUGCUAGAGAAGCUAUCCUUAGGUUUGUCCAGCAUCAAGAGUACAAGUCUGAGAUGAACUUAUUGCUGAAAGCAGCAGAUGAACGAGGCCGAGCACAGAAUGUAAGCAGAAGCAGCCCAUUGUACAAGUUGAACCCAGUUAUAAGAGACGGUUUUCUCUGUGUUGGUGGACGCCUGAGAAGAGCCGAAAUUUCUGAAGACAUGAAACAUCCUAUCAUUCUGCCCCAAAAGAACCAUGUCUCCAUGUUAAUCAUUAGAGACACUCAUGACAGGCUUGGGCAUGUUGGGAGAAAUCAUGUUCUAUCAGCCUUGAGGGCCAAGUAUUGGAUCACAAGGGCAAAUUCUGCUAUAAGAAGUGUGAUGAACAAAUGUGUGUUUUGCAGAAGAUUUAAGACCCCAACAAGUACCCAGAUGAUGUCUGACCUUCCAGCAUGUAGAGUGACUCCAGCUGGUCCAUUCACCUACACUGGAAUUGACUUUUUUGGACCACAUGUUGUAAAGGAGGGAAGGAAGUGUGUUAAACGCUAUGGCGUGCUCUUCACGUGUCUCAGUAGCCGAGCUGUCCAUAUUGAAACGGCUAACUCACUUGAUACAAGUUCCUUUAUUAACUCUCUUCGUCGCUUCAUUGCCAGGAGGGGACCAGUUCAGGAAAUCUUCUGUGAUAAUGGGACAAACUUUGUUGGUGGAGCUAGAGAGCUCAAGGAGUCUUUGGAUCAGCUCGAUCAAGAAAAAGUUCAUUCUGAUAUGCUUCACAAGGAAAUCAAUUUCAGCUUUAAUCCUCCAUCAGCAAGCCAUAUGGGUGGCGCUUGGGAGAGACUGAUCAGAUCUGUCCGCAGUAUUCUCAAUCCCAUGCUUCAUGAGUUUGGAUCAUACCUUGACGAUGAGCUGUACAGAACAUUAUUGUGUGAAAUUGAGGCUAUCCUGAACUCCAGGCCUCUUACUACAGUUUCUGGGGAUCCAGACGACCUUCACCCCCCUCACUCCAAAUCACAUCCUCAUGAUGAAGCCUGA